UCGCUGAGUCAGACGGGGUGGGAGCGCGGUGUCCCCCCGAUCUUCCCGGGUAUUGGCUCGGGAGCGGGCGGGCAGCGCUGGGGCGGGCCGGGCACCGGGAUAAAUCCCCCGAGCACGGCCCCAGCCCGGGUGUCGGGGACCCGGUGUCGGGAGGAUGCUCCUCAGGGCACGGAUCCUCUGCUGCCUGCUCCUCGCCCUGCUCCAGCGCGGGUGUGGGAACACAGAGGAUGGGGACCUCGAGGAUGAAGGUUACUACGUGUACCUGGAUGAGGGUGAACUGCCGGAGGUGCUGGGGGGAGCAGCCCGCUGCCAGGACACCUACCAGGACUGGAUCUCCCUCUACUGCUGGGCUCCCUUCCACGCCACCCUCAUGACCACCCCUGAGGGCAGCCGUUGCCGCUGGGACCAGAUCAGCAGGUGGGUCAGCGCCGGUCCUGGUGGUGCCCAAUGCACAUCCAGAGUGGGGCCACUGCAGCGGAUGUGGCCUCACUCUGCCCCCCUUGCAGUGCCUACAGCGAGCUCUCCGGCUGCACUCAGCUGCUGGCCCAGCUCCUCUCCUGCCCCUGGCCCAGCUCCGCCCUCGACGCCUUCUACCAGCAGGUUCAUGCUGAAUACUUCACCAACUGCACAGGGACUGAGCCUCCCCGGCCGAGCGCGAUGCCCCCCGGGCUGGCUCUUGCUGUGGCCGUGGGGCUCAGCUGCCUCGUGCCCCUUGCAGCAGCCGUUGUGCUCAGCAGAGCCCCAAAGGGGGCUCACACCCCAGCCCCUGCCUGCCCCCAUGCUUCUGAGGAGGCAGCUGCUGCCCCUUUCCUUCCGAGCCCUGGGAACUGAAGGGUGGGCCUGGGGUGCAGAGGACAGGGCAGAGCAGUGAUGGGGGUCUGGGCAUCCCUGGUAAUGGAGUGGGUCCCAUGGCACUGCGGAGGGGGAAGCUGGGCCUGGGGGUCCGGAUGCCUGCAUCUGCCCCGAAGGAGGGGAGUCAGGAGAAGGGGAUUGGGCUCCUGACCCUGCAUAGGAUGAGCCCUUUCCCCAGCUGGCAUGGAGCAGUGGGGAUGCCAGGCUAGGGGUGGGGGAGCCCUGAGCUUUGGCUGGCAGCCACUGUCCUGUCCCUGCCCAUCCCCUCCGGACACCUCCGGAGCAGGGCAGCCGUCCCAGCCCCGGGGCUGUGCUGAGAUCAUUGGGUGUCUCCCUGGCAGAGGCUCCUGCCGCCCAGCCGGAGGCUUCACUGGCUCCAACCAAGAGCGGGACCAGGGGGCUCCAACCCUGCGGCCCCCGGAGCGCCAGGGCCCUGAUGGCUUCCAGAUGCAGCCGCUUGCCCAUGAAAGGUCCCGCGCUGCUGCGGGGCCGUGGGGCAGGGUCAGGCUGCUCCGCCGGGGAGCGCAGAGCCCGGCAAGAUCAGCUUUCUGCAGCAGGGAGGGUCCCUCCGAGCUGCGCUUCAUCACGCUCCGAUUCCACUCAGCGCAUCCCAUGGGCGGGUUGUUAAAGGGGAAGCUUUGGCCGCACGCUCUGCCCUGGGCCGGGGGUGAAAUGAGCUCACUCGGCCUCAGCCUGGUCCUGGGGUGGGAAUGCCGCGGGGUAGCGAUGCUGCGGGGGGG